UACUAAGAGGAAUACAUUCUACAAACCAAAGCUAUGGUUAGCGUAAACCUUUUGUCCUUAAUGUCACUGAUUUAUAUUGUGGAAUGUCAAAAACCUAUUAAGUUGGAUUCUUAUCAUUCCCUUAUUUCACACAUGGAGGAAGGGGCAGAUAUCAGUUUCUUCUUUAACACUGCUAGUUGUGCACCAUCCUCAGUUUCAAAUACAGCAUCAUUGAUAUCCAGUUCGGAAUAUUUCCCUGUAUUUGGAGGUGAACUCAAGUUAUUUAUUUCCAUAAAUACAUCAAACGAAAAAACAGGACAGACGUUUUUCAGUCAAGUCCGGUUCAUUGAUCAAAAACCAAACGUGUUGAAUGAGGAAAUAGAAACAAUAUGGAUUGCCAAUGAUACGGCUUUUAUAUUUUGGGGGAAACCUGGCUUCUUUGUGAACAAUACGGCUGAUAUUGACCUAGUAGCUUGUAGCUGGACAAAAGGAGAAGGGAACAUAUGGAUGAAGCAGAACAGAGAACAAAAACAUCUUACAUCAUUCAAUGAUAUUAAGGCUGUUUUGACUUCCGGUGAAAAGGUGCGCUGGAUCGUAAAUGGAGGAUGUAAAUGUCCACCUGAUGUUGACGUGUGUGGGGACGGUUCCAUUGGUGAUACCAUUAGAGAUUUCAAAAUCAUGACGGAUGGUUCUUUAAGUUUUUCUACAUCCAUGACAAUCCAUGCUUUUCUUUCUUGGCGGUAUACUCGCAUUAUUGUUUUUGGACAUGUUUACGAUAAUAACACGGCCAAUCUAACCAUUUCCUACCUGGAUCCCACCACCUGGGAUGAUACAGAAGAUCACGUCAUUUCAUGCCCAAUAGCGUCAGAGAACUCAACAGAAGGAGCAAAUUUUUUUUAUUGUUAGUUCAUAAG